CCGGAUUCCGAAGGUGCACGUCAGUAUAGUGAGACAACACACGGGGCUCUGGGACGGAGUGAGCGCUAAUCACGCUCCUUGCAUGGACCAGAUGAGAUAAAGCACCUACCAGCUGGAAUGAAGCCAGGAAAAGGAAAGCUGUUCUACAGAGAGAGAGACUUUGUAUACAAGUUUGAGGCUGGGUCUCGGAGCUUUGUCUUAACCGUUCCUCUCCAGUUCCCCGUGCAAGAAAACCUCGAUCAUUUACAUGGACGGCUAAUGCUGCUGCACGACUUGCCCUGCUUUAUAGAACAAGAUCUCAAAACAUCACUGCAUCGGUUUGCGGACGAAGAAACCAUCAAAGAUUAUGACCGGGAUGCCGAAGAAGCUCUGGAGGUCGUCAGAUCAUCCGAAGUCGAUGUUAACCAGCUGGCGAACACCUGGAUGAGAGCAUACACGGAGACUACUCUAGAACAUGCCCGGCCAGAAGAACCUAACAGGGAUGAAGACUUUGCCGAUAUUUACCAUGACCUCAUCCAUUCCCCAGCUUCCGAAACACUUUUAAACCUCGAGCACAAUUAUUUCGUCAGCAUCUCCGAGCUGUUAAGUGAGCGAGAUGUGGAGAUGAAGAAAUUGCGAGAGAGGCAGGGAGCAGAGAUGGACAAAGUCAUGCAGGAAUUAGGCAAGUCUCUAAGUGAUCACGAUGUGAAUGCGGUGGCAGCCCAGCAUUUCGACUCGCAGCAGAUUCUUGAAAAUAAAUGGGUCACAGAACUGAAACAGCUGUCUACCAUCCAAAAACAGGAGUACCAGGAUUGGGUCAUAAAGUUGCACCAAGACCUAAAGAAUCCAAGCAACAGCUUUAUAAGUGAAGAAAUCAAAGUUCAGCCAAGUCAUCUUCAGGAUACUGUAGAUUCUAGUCGACCAACAUACGAGGAACAUCGUCGGCUUGAAGAAAGUUUUACAAUCCACCUGGGGGCACAGUUAAAGACAAUGCAUAACCUACGGCUGUUAAGAGCAGACAUGCUGGAUUUCUGCAAGCACAGGCGCAAUCACCGCAGCGGCGUCAAGUUACACCGAUUACAGACGGCGCUGUCCUUGUAUUCCACAUCGCUGUGCGGCCUCGUCCUGCUGGUCGACAAUCGCAUCAAUUCUUACAGCGGUAUCAAGAGAGAUUUUGCCACCGUCUGCCAGGAAUGCACCGAUUUCCAUUUCCCGCAGUUGCAGGAGCAGUUGGAUGUAGUCCAGCAAGUGGUUCUUUAUGCCAGAGCCCAGAGGAGCCAUAAGGCAAAGCACCGUAAUGAAUCCGCAAAUGGGAACGAAGGACGGGGCGAUAAAGUGAAAAACACCGAGCGCAACCAAGCUAAUUUACUUCCAGGCGAGUUCUACGUAUCCCGGCAUUCGAACCUGUCCGAAAUCCACGUGGUUUUCCACCUGUGCGUGGACGACAAUAUACGGAGCGGCAACAUAUCUGCGCGUGAUCCGGCAAUAAUGGGCUUGAGAAAUAUUCUGAAGGUCUGCUGCACCCACGACAUCACCACCAUUAAUAUACCCCUGCUUCUGGUUCAUGAAAUGUCCGAGGAAAUGACCAUUCCAUGGUGCUCAAAGAGAGCCGAGCUGGUGUUUAAGUGUGUCAAAGGCUUCAUGAUGGAGAUGGUGUCCUGGGAUGGAGGAGUAUCUAGGACGGUUCAGUUUCUUGUACCUCAGAACAUCUCAGAAGAAAUGUUUUACCAGCUGAGUAACAUGCUCCCUCAGAUCUUCCGAGUUUCUUCCACCCUCACUCUGACGUCGAAGCGCUGAAGAUGAAGUAGCCAUGCUGGAAUUUGGCCGAAAAUGUGUGGAUUUUUUUUUAAUAAUAUGACCUGUACUAAAUUAUGGAGCUAGUGAAUUAGAUUUUGAUUAUCCUGUAACAUUCCAAACUUAAAUUAUGUUCAUGCAAACAGCAGAACCUGUGAUGUUUCAUGAGGUUGGGGAGGAAAUUAUGUUCCCUGUCCAUUUUGAUGUUCAUAGUCUAUACUUUUUAGACCUGUCAGAUCUCAGUGUUGGGAAGUUCAGGUUCUAGCGAUGAUUUCCAGAAUCAGGAACCACAAGAACCUAAAGGAACCAGAUCAUCAUUGGUCGUGUAUCAUUAACAUCACCUGAACAUACUGAGGGUGAACAUAUUGUCCUCAGCUGGUGCAAUAAAUGGAUUUCAUAGUUUUUUUAACCAUUUUUUUUUGAAUGGCUGGACUGAAGGCUGUACUUGUAUGAAUAAUGUUAUCUAACCUCUCCUCCAAAUUUCUGUUUUGCACUUUUAUUUCUGUUAUCGAAUUUAUUCACUAAACUAAACAUGAAUAAAAAAAAGUAUGUAAACAACUUUUGAUCUUGUAGAUUUAUUGGAACGUCUAUCGUAUUUUUUAAAAUAUAUUUUGGUAGGUAUAAUGGAUAUUUCCAUAGUUACUAAAGUUGUUUAGAUUGUAAUGCUGUAAAAUAUGAAGAA